UACGGCCCCCCUGCGUAUUUCAGGCCAUCACCAAACUAUGGUUACUUCGGACCAAAAACAACGCCUGAACAACAGUUCCCGGGUGAUUCGAACAGGUCAAGCGACUGUAGGGCAGCACCUUCUUAUGGCUAUG